AUGGCAAGAGGUGCCCCUUCUCUGCCAAGCAAGGAGCUCAGCGAUUGUGAUCGUGAGCAGCUGCACCUGCUUGCUCAUAUUCAGGGUUCCGCAGGCAAUGUCUUCUUUGUCUCCUUUCCGGAUUGGAUUAUCAUCGCUGCGGAUGCCACGGUCAAGUCCAUACCAUGGAUCCUGGAACGAGGAAUGAGCCGAAUGGAUCCUCCUUCGCCUCAUUCUGUUAGGCCGGCAUUGAAUCACAAAAGAUUACGUGAUAUUCUAGGCACUCCGUUUUCACGGUGGAUACCCUUUGAUCUCGCCGCUGACAUUCGAACGGCGGCGGAGGAAAUGGUUCAGACCAAGUCCAGGAGAGUCUUCCGGUUCUUCUCCUACCGUGGAGACUCGUACUCUAUUACUGUGUUUAAGGCUACCGCCAGCAAGAAUAAUCCCUAUUCUCAGCUGGGAAUCGAGGUGGAACUGUUGGACAAGACGGAGUCCGCCAAUUCCUUUUAUGACAGCCUCACCUCGUUGGCCCGAGUCAUGGAGCUCUAUGCGGAUGAAAAGGUACUCAGUAUGGCAUGUGAUGAAGUCUUCAACAUAUUGGGCAAAUUCGACAGAGGCCUCGUCUACAAAUUCAACGACGACAGCACCGGAGAGGUUAUUUACGAAACCAUGAAGGAAGGUUGUCCAGCAUCUUCGUACAUGGGGAUGCGGUUUCCAGCUGCCGAUAUCCCCCUCCCAGCUCGACAGCUCUACAUCAAGAAUGGAUUGCGGUAUAUCGAAGAUGUUCAUGCCCAGAAUGUACCCAUUUUGCAUCUCAACGAAGGCAAUGUCGACUUGACGAACUGUCGAAUGCGGGCCGUCUCCAAGCCACACAUCAUGUACCUACGAAAUAUGGGAAUUCAGGCGUCCAUGUCAAUAGCCAUUCUAGUGGAAGGACGUCUCUGGGGACUACUUGCGUUCCACGGCUACAGCGGACCCUUCAAGCCAUCGCUCCAUCAACGCAUCGCGUGCGAGACGAUCAAUUCCAUGUUGUCCCUCAAAAUGGAAACCUUGAUUAAGAAGGCCGCAAGCAAACGGGUUACUCAGCUUUCGGAAAAGCUGGUGCGGUGGGAACAGGCAAGGAGUGUCGCCGCCAACCUUGAGGAAUCUGGGAAAGAAAUCUUACCAAUCCUUGAUGCCGACGUGAUGGUGGUUCGAAUUCAAGUCCCCACCAAAGAGGAAAUGGAUCAAGUUGUCAUUGGCGAGAAGAGCCUGGUUCCUGGCGAAAAGUUCUGGCAGUCUUUUGAAAACCAACAGCAUCGUACAAUGUGUUCGUUCGUAUGUCGAGGUGAACAAGAGAAAUGGGGUCUCGCCGAUGGCGACUGCCCUGCGGGGGUGGUUUACUUUCGAGGCGCACUCGUUCAAGUCAUGCUAGGAAGAGGGGUUCGAUCCAAAGAUGUUGUAUGGGGUGGAAGACCCGACGAGCCCAAAACAAGGCUCAACGGCCACCUUUGCCCUCGCAAGUCUUUUGAGAAGUACAUGGAGCGAGCUCGACUGGAAUCGAGGGCGUGGUCAAAGGCGGAUCUUCGCGUGAUAUCGGCUUUUAUGGAUCGUGUGGUGGAGAACUCGACCACCAACAUGAUGACCCACCUGAAGCGAGAUAUGGAACAGGCAAAUUUGAAGUAUCUGGGUGCAAACAAUAGAAUUCGUGACAGCAGUUCCUUGUUUGCCCACAUGAGCCACGAAAUUCGAACCCCGUUCCAUGGUGUCAUGGGUUGUCUCAAUAUUUUGAAAUCAUCCGGCACCGACAUGCCGAAAGAGGAGGUCAAAGACAUGUUGGGCACAGCUCUGCAGUCUGGGAACCACAUGAUGAAGUUGCUAAAUGACAUUUUGGCUAUUGCUCACAACAAGUACAUAUCUCGCUCCAUUGAGAAUGUGAGAACAAGCUACCAAACGCUGGCGACGGAGGCAACGCAAGGCCUGCGAUCUCUGGCGUACAGCAAGAGCACACGAUUUGAUUGCAAGAUCUUUCCCCACAACGACAGGUCUAUUGUCUUGACAGACCGAACCAAGGUAGUCCAGAUUGCAUCGAAUCUGAUCAACAAUGCGAUCAAAUUUGCAGCAGGCGGCUCCGUUGAUGUGAAGUUUCAAUUGGUGGAUACUAGACACAAAGCAAUCGAGAUCUGGAGUACAGAUGCUGCUGCCUACGCAGGGACAGUCUUCACCAUUCAAGAGCACAAAAUGAUGUCUUCCGUACCGGAAGUUACGCAAAUAUACCUGCACGAGAACGAGCCCGGAUCUGCCGAGCACAAGUGGCUAUUAGUGUCAGUUGCUGAUUCGGGCUGUGGGAUGCAAUCCCAGGAGCUUUCAGAUAUGCUUCGCCUCUACACUCAAUCAAGCAGUGGGAGCAGCAAAGUCCACGUUGAAGGGACUGGCUUAGGUCUGUUCAUCUCAACGUCGUUGUGCCGCCAACUCGGCGGCUUCAUUGCUUGUUCGAGUACCCCAAGGAAGGGUACAGUUUUUCACGUAGGUAUUCCAGUUGGCAUUCCAAGAGAGCAGGUGGCUGAGAGCGAGACUGAAAGUGAUGAUAGCAGCAAAGAUGCAGCAGAAGAUUCCAACAAUAAGAUUGCAUUGUCUGGUCCAAUUGCAGUUUGUGACGACAAUAAAGUGAACGUGAAGAUCUUGCACCGUUCACUCAAAACCGAGCUCAAGAAGAGAAAGCUAGAUGUGGAGGUUUUCACUGCCUUUGGCGGACGCGAAAUCGUGGAACUCUACAAGAAGAUGAAGCCAAGCAUACUCUUUAUCGAUUAUCACAUGCCCGAGGUGGAUGGUGUGGAAGCAACCGAGAAGAUUCGUUUGUUUGAAAUGGAGAAUGGACUUGAAAGAUCCUUCAUCUUGAGUUACACAGCCGAUGCUACAGAUGAUGCUGUGAGAACCAUCUUAGCAAGAGGAACGGAUGAAAUCAUGACAAAGCCGCCACCAAAGGGCUUCCUAUCAGACUUUGUCGACCGGAUACGAAUAGCCGAAGCAAAGCCAUGA